AUGUCUUCGAUUGCUGCCAAGCAGGUGCAUCGCCAGCAGUUGCUGCAGCCACGCCUGGCGCUCCCGGCAGGUCGUACCGUCUCUCUUGAGGAGGGGCGACGUCUCGCCAAAUUCGUGCACGAUGAGGAGGAUCGGUUGCAAUCUGAAGCAACGCACCUGCUGGAGGUUAAGGAGGCGAGCCCUGUCGUGCUGGAGGAGAACGUCUCGAAGCGCAUUUUGCUUCUUCGCCAGAAGCAGAACAGCAAGGCGAACGUGAAGGCGGCAGUCGCGUAUGCAAAUCGACUGCAUCGCAAGUCUGCCGUCCAGGCAGAGGAUGUGGCCAAGAUGCGCGAGGCAGCCUCGCGAGUGCUGCGACCCUCCUCCAGCAUUGACAGUGCCGGCCUGAAGCAGCGGCGCCAACGAGUAGAGCAGACAAAGAAGCAGCGGCCGCCGAGACAGGGAAAGAAGAGGCAUUGA